AUGGCUGCCGCGCUGUCGGUGGCGCACGCCGAUCUUUCCGGGAACACUGCGGCACCUGCCGGAGACAAGAAGGCACAAAGGCGAGCUGAGGCCUCGAGGGCGGAUCUUGACGGAUCUUUAAAAUCAACGAAAAACGAGAACGCUGCGCUGCAACAACAAAACAAACUGCUGCAAGCGCAGGUUCAGGAGCAGCAGCAAGCUAUACUGCAGCAACAGCAACAUAUCCAGGCCCUUCAAGCUCACAUCGCCACUGAAGUGCAGCAGCACCAACAGCAGCAGGCGCUGCAACAGAUGCAGCAACAACGAGAUGCAGAGUCCCGUGCUUCCGCGGCCGAGAUAGCGAGGCUGCAGCAGCAAGUUCUGCAGCUAGAGGAAUCACGUAGGAGCGCCGAAGAAGAACAAAAGCUCCACCGCAAACAAAUUCGCAACUAUCGCAUGGAGGUGGAACAGCAUGAGCGUGAGCGGCAGCGACUAUUAGAGGAGCAGAAAGACUCGGAAAAGAAAGCCAUGGAGCAGGAAAAGACCAUCGCCGAGCUCACAACACUCCUAAGCAACGCGCGAAGCCGUAUAAGGGAUGAGCGACAGCGGAGUGAGGGACUAGUGGGCAAGCUGGAAGCUGCGAGCGAGGUCGAGUCCUCCCUAAAGGCAGAAUUACAAGCGUCGCAAAAAGCGGCAGAAGAGGGCAAGCGUCAGCUGCUGAGCUUGACAUGGGGCUUGGUGAGUACUGCAACAAUCCGUUCGCAGAUGUUUCCCUUCCCACAGAUUUCUAUAGGUGUCAGUCUGACAGGGCUUGUUCUGUGGUUGAGUGGGUCUUUGAAGUAG